GCUGCCUCUAAAAAAGCAGAUCAGCGCGUUGUCGCAGCGUCGGAGCACAAGCGACAUCGCUCCCCGGGGGCCGUCGGCCGGCGACCGGCGACUUCCGCAGUAGAACCAACUCCACCCACCCAUCCACUUGGCCAGCAGCUUCUUGCCUGCAUCAAUUGCCAUGGCGGCGGUGGAAGCGAAGAGGAGCCCACACUUUGUUCUCUUUCCCUUCCUGGCUCACGGCCACGUCCCUGUCUUCCUCCGCCUGGCUGGCCUCCUCCGCGCGCUCCGCCCAGGGCUCGAGGUCACGCUCGUCUCCACCCCGCGGCUCCUGGGCUCCCUCACGCUCCCGCCUGCCUCCCCACCCGUGCGCCUCCACGCGCUCCCGUUCGUCCCCGCCGACCACGGCCUGCCCCCAGGCGCUGACUCCCUCGCCGAUGUCCAGAUCCACCAGUUCAUCACCUUCUUCACGGCCUCCGAGUCGCUCCGCCCUGCGUUCGAGAAGUUCGUCUCCGGCAUCGGUUCCCCAGUCUGCAUCGUCGCCGAUGCCUUCUUCGGGUGGACGGCCGAAGUCGCGCGCGCGCGGGGCGCGUCCCACGCGGUGUUCCUUCCCGGCGGCGCGUUCGGCAACGCCGUGUUCUUCUCCGUGUGGGAGCACCUCCCGCACGCCCUUACGGCCGCCGACGAGUUCCCGCUGCCGGAUUUCCCAGACGUCGUUCUCCACCGCACGCAGAUCCCGAGGUUCAUCCUCUCUGCCACGGGGGCGGACCCCUGGACGGCCUUCUUCCGGCGCGUCAUCGCCUCCUGCCGCAAGACCGACGCUCUCCUUGUCAACACCGUCCGGGAACUGGAACCCUCCGGCCUCGACAUGCUCCGGAGAAGCUUCGGCGUCCAGCCAUGGCCAAUCGGGCCAGUCCUCGCAGAGCCGACGGCCCCGUCGUCAGACUCGCGGGACGACGCCAGCAUCAUCCGGUGGCUGGACACGCACCCGCCGCGCUCGGUGCUGUACAUAUCAUUCGGAUCGCAGAACAGCAUCAGCGCGGAUCAGAUGAUGGAGCUCGCGCUGGGGCUGGAGGCGAGCGGUCGCCCCUUCCUCUGGGCGCUCCGCCCGCCGCUGGGGUUCGACGCGAAGGACGUGUUCAGGCCCGAGUGGCUCCCGGCUGGCUUCGAGGAGCGAACGGCGAGGGCGAAUGUGGGACUGCUGGCGCGCGGGUGGGCGCCGCAGAUGCGGAUCCUGUCGCACCCGUCCACCGGCGCGUUCCUGAGCCACUGCGGGUGGAACUCCGUCCUCGAGAGCCUGUCCCGCGGCGUGCCGCUGAUCGGGUGGCCGUUGGGCGCCGAGCAGUUCUUCAACGCAAAUCUCGCGGUCGAGUGGGGCGUCUGCGUGGAGCUGGCGCGCGGGAACCUGGAGAGCUCCGCGGUGGAGAGCAGGGCGGUGGUCGAGGCCGAGCGGACGGUGAUGGGGGACACGGCGAAGGGUGAUGAGAUGAGGAGGGUGGUGGCGGCGAUCGCACGCACCAUGGAGGCCGCGUGGGAAGCGCCUGGCGGGUCGGCGGCGGAGAGCCUGGAAGGGUUCCUGCGAUGCGUUGAACCCUGAGAUGCCCCGCUUUGAGAUGGUUGCGCGAGGAAUCUGCAACUAAGUACGCGCGCGGGAAAUCUGUGUUAAGAAUUCCUCAACUACAAAGGACGACGGAUUGAUGGGAUUACGGCUCCUGUUGCAUUGUAACAGAAACGGAUUUGUUUGGUUCAUUAACGUGUAGCCUGCAGGAUUGGAUAGCGCUUCUGGGUAGAGAUAACGAGCAGACAGUGGUGCAAACGUUUACGGGCAUAAAAAACGGUGAACCAAACAA